UAUUAAAAGAAAUAACAAAACUACAAAGUCGAGAAAAAUUCUUCUUCUUUGCAUUUAAAUUAUUCAAAUAAAUUCUCAAAUUACAAUAAAUUGGUAAAAAACAUCGUUUAGCUCUUAAAACUUAAAAAAUAAAUUCCAAAAUCAACUCGAACAAAGCAAUGAGCAACCAAAUCGAAAAAUCAACAAUGUUGCCAUCACGAAUUGUAUUGAUUGCUUGUGGUUCCUUCAGUCCUCCAACUCCUAUGCACUUUCGAAUGUUUGAAAUUGCUCGUGAUUACUUUGAAAUGAUGGGUACACACAGUGUCAUUGGUGGUAUCAUCUCACCCACUCAUGACUCAUACGGGAAGAAAGGUUUAGCGCCGGCCAAACAUCGCUUUGCUAUGGUGAAAUUAGCUCUGCAAUCAUCGGAUUGGAUAAGAGCUUCUGAUUGGGAGAUCGAGAAGAACGAAUGGUCUCGCACGCAACAAGUUUUGCAAUUUCAUCAAAAUUACAUGAACAACUACAUAAACUCUCCUUUUACGGGGGAUUCAAAUAUUGUUCCGGGUUGGUUGCCCCGAGGUUUGAGAGAUCGCAGAGAAAAAGUCCAACUAAAACUUCUUUGUGGUGGGGAUCUCCUAGAAUCAUUCGCUGUACCUGGACUUUGGGCUAAUCAAGAUAUUGAGGACAUUGUUUGUAAUCACGGUCUUGUGGUGAUAACUCGAAGUGGAACUAAUCCAGAAAAGUUCAUCUUUGAUUCGGAUAUCUUAACCAAAUAUCAGAAAAAUAUAACAUUGAUAACAAAUUGGGUUCCAAAUGAAGUAAGUUCGACGAUGAUCCGAAGACUUUUAAACCGGGGUCAAUCAGUUAAAUAUCUUAUUGAUGAUCUUGUUCUGGAGUAUAUUAAAUUAAAUGGCCUUUUUAACUAUAAAACUAAGUAUAUAACAAAUAUUAAUCUAAAUGAUCGUGUUUUUAAUGAAUCGUAUAUAAAUCAAGUUAACAUGAGCUCCUUUGAUAGUACUCCAUCCCCAUCAAAUAUGGACGAAGCCGAUAAUAAUUCAUUUAAAUCCAAAUUUUUAACUAGUAUUCAUUUAGAUAAUGAUCAUCCUAGGAUAUUUUGUUGUGGUAACUCGGAUUCGAUUGGCUCGAAAUUACUAAGUCGCCUGCCAGGGCAAGCUGUACAGAUCAUUACUGAUUCACCUAAUGGCAGUCAUGAUCAAGACGAGAUAAAAGCAAAAAAGGUUAGAAAAUCAAGCCCUGAAAUGGUUUAAGGGAGGCUGUGUAAUGUGUGCUUUCUAUCAGACUUAUCAGAGAGAAAAAACACUUCCUGUGGAACUUGCGAUACUUUAUUUUAAUGUUAUGUAGAUUAUUGUCAUUUAUAUAUGUUAAACAAAUUAAAAUUAAAUUCAACAUUGAAAAAACAUAUUUUAUUAGCUGGAUUCUAUGUACCUACUAUAAUAAUUAAACGAUUUUACUAUAAAUUUAA